CUGGCAGUUUAAAAAAGAAAGGAAAAAGAAAAAGGUAUAAAAUCAAAUGUAAUAAGCUAUUAAAGAACAGCUGAUGGAAAACUGCGAGGUUGAAGAUGAGAACCUUUUCAGUAAAAGAGGUUGAUCCCCCUUAGCAAAAACACUCCGGUAUUUGCCGGGGGGAGAAGAACAUCCAUUUCCUAGGGGGUCAGGAAGUUUAACUGCGCAGGUGUACAAGGCUUCCCAGAGUAUUAGGUGUUCUCUGGGUGGUUAAGCUCGGAAUCCCUCCGGAUUCCCUGAUUCCCUUAGCCAAACACCAUCUGUGGUCAGGAUUCAAGUUCUUUUGGAGCUUGGAGGUCUCCAAAUCAGGGAAUGUGCUCACUUGACUGCACGGACACCCCAGCCUGAAAGUGGAGGGAAGGGGGUCACCUCCAAGCCCUGGGCCCAGGUGCGUCUGCGAUUGCAGGUCCCCUAGGGCUGGAACCACAACCCUCUGCAAAGCUCUUGUUUUGGAAGAGUGGGGUGGAGCCAGAAAGCCUGACAAUGGAGCUGGGGUGGAGGAGCUUUACUUUUACUUUGGAUUUUGUCACUAGAGUCCCGGUUCACAGAGCCGCUUAUUGGAGCAGGGAGGCGAUGUUACCUCCCGCGGAUCACGCUGGGCGUGCCUUGCCAGGGCUGUGGGUCCCUCGCCUGCCAGAGCGCAUCCCUUCACCCUGGGCUUUCGCUCUGCUGAUUCCCGCUUGGUAAUAACAAGACGGGGGAGGGGACACAGGAACUGAGCGACAGGAGAGCUGAGAAACUGAAUCAGCAGAGGCGGGAGAAAAAACGAGUUUGCAGAGUUAUAGCAAAAGGACCAGCAGAUGCAAACAGGGAGGCCGAGGGGAGGGGACACAGCCGGGGCGUAAGCAACCUGCCACUGGGAUUUAGACAAAGGAGGCUGGGGAGAGGCGGGAUCAGUUUCUAAUACCAGCGUGGGGAGCUAGCGGGCAGCUGGCCUCACCGAAUGACACGGAAUCAACUCCCAGAGUCUCCUUCGGGGUAGACAUACCUGGAGUAUGUGCCCCCAAAAAGAACUCGGAGAAAAAAGUAAGUUUGGGAAAGGACUUGGCGAUUGGGUCGGUCUGUGAUGUUUCCCUCCCCUUAGAGGCAUGACUUCACUCCUGCGUGGCCUCUUCAUAGUGUCGGUCUCUGCUGUCAUCCUGUUUAUCGUGUUCUAUGUGUUCAAUUUUGGGGGAGAUCAGAACUUCCAGAGGCUAAAUAGCUCGGACACGGUGAUGCUGAGUCAAAUAUGCACGUCUUUUAUGAACGGGAAAACACCUUUCCUGUGGCGAAGCAAACUCAUGAUCCACGAGAAGUCUUCCUGCCAGGAAUACUUGACCCAGAGCCACUAUAUCACAGCCCCCUUAUCUAAAGAAGAAGCCGAAUUUCCUUUGGCCUAUACGAUGGUCAUCCAUCAUAAUUUCGAUACCUUUGCAAGGCUCUUCCGGGCUAUUUACAUGCCCCAGAACAUCUACUGUGUCCACGUGGACGAAAAGGCGCAGGCCGAGUUUAAAGCCGCCGUGGAGCAGUUACUGAGCUGCAUCCCAAAUGCUUUUCUGGCUUCCAAGAUGGAGCCCGUUGUCUAUGGUGGCAUCUCCAGGCUCCAGGCUGACUUAAACUGCAUCAAGGAUCUUUCGGCCUCCAAGGUGCCCUGGAAGUACGUCCUCAACACCUGUGGCCAAGACUUCCCCCUGAAAACCAACAAGGAAAUAGUCCAGUAUCUGAAAGGCUUUAAAGGGAAAAAUAUCACCCCCGGGGUGCUGCCUCCAGCCCAUGCGGUUGGGCGGACUAAGUAUGUCCACCGCGAACAUCUGGGGAAAGAGCUGUCCUAUGUGAUAAGGACAGCCGUGCUGAAGCCACCCCCUCCCCAUAACCUCACCAUCUACUUCGGCUCUGCGUACGUGGCUCUGUCCAGACCCUUUGCCGCCUUCCUUCUGCGCGACCCGCGGGCUGUCGAUUUGCUUCGGUGGUCCAAAGACACCUUCAGCCCCGACGAACACUUCUGGGUGACGCUCAAUAGGAUCCCAGGUAUGUGAGAGUCCGUGUCGCACACGAAGGAAAUGUCCAUAUUUCUGUGCCGUCUCAGAAAGGGCUUUGAAAGAGCCUACUGGUUAUUGGGAAGUAGAAGAUGAAAACCGAGACAGGGGGAGUUUCACCCUAGAC